AUGGCACCUUCAGCCGUCUCAGCCCCCGAAACCACAAUGGCCAUCAAGCCCGCCAAACUCUCAAACCCCGGCCUCGCAGUCGAAAAGAAAGAAAAGACACCCCUCGAAGCCAUCAGCCAAGGCGUCUGCCUCGAAGGAAUCCCAAAAUACAUCUCCUUCGACGCCCACCGUCGCGACAUGCUGCAACACAUGGCCGGCGCCUUUCGCGUGUUUGCCCGCAAAGGCUACACCGAAGGCAUGAGUGGCCACAUUUCCGUCCGCGACCCCGAGAACAUCCACACGUUCUGGACAAACCCUCUGGGCAAGCAUUUUGGACUGCUCAAGGCGAGUGAUAUGAUUCUGGUGGAUUAUGAAGGCAAUGCUAUUGGUGGUAACAUGUCAAGGCCGGCGAAUGCGGCGGGCUUCUUGAUUCAUUCGGCGGUGCACAAGGCAAGACCUGAUGUCAUUGCUGCUUGUCACACACAUUCGCCAUAUGGAAAGGCGUGGAGUACAUUUGCCAGACCUCUCGAGAUGUUGAAUCAGGAUGUCUGUUACUUCUACGGCGAAGCUCAGGCCGUCUACAAGGAAUUCGGCGGUAUUGUGUUUAACGAGGAGGAAGGGCUUAAGCUUGCUAGCGCUUUGGGACCCAAAGGCAAAGGUAUGAUUUUGAGAAAUCAUGGCUUGUUGACUGUGGGCAACACGGUUGAUGAAGCUGCGUAUUUGUAUACGUUGAUGGAAAGGAGUUGCGAGGUUCAGUUGCUCGCUGAGGCGGCGUGUGCGAGUGGUAUCCAGAAGGUCAUCGUGCCUGAUGAGUCUGCCGAGUACACCUACAGGAUGGGCAGCGAUGCUGACACUCUGUACGAGGAGUUCCAGCCCGAUUUGGAGUACGAGGACGCCAUGACCAAUGGCGACUUCAGGAACUGA